AUGACAUGGUCAUGGAUGAGAACUACAGAGAACUCGAUGGAUAUCGAUCAAGAAUCAUUGGAUAUUCAACAAAAAGAGGCUAUGGAUAUUGAUACUGAUGUUGACCUAUCCUACGAUCUCUCAGAGAAUCCACAAAAUGAGAUUUCGCAAUACAAUCCCAGCUUCCUAGCCGCCCCUCAAAACAUAAUUAACGAACUACUUCCUUCCGCUAUAGUUACCAACGCCGAUUUCGCUCGCUUUGUAUACGCACAAUCUGUUCAAGAUCGUAAUAUCUAUACAAGUACAGAAGGACAAUCAGGAUAGCAAAAGGAGCGUAUAGAGGAGUUAAAGGAGGACGUUGCUUUAGCUUUUGAGCGUAAGGCCGAGGUAGAGAGAGAUGAGGCCCAAUAUCUUGAGGAUCCCGACAGUUUUCAGAACUACAGAGCAUUUUGA